AUGGACGGUCUUGGCCUUAACAUACCUGUUGACAUAUACGUUUCCCUUAUCAAAGAAUGCACUGAAUCACGUGACCCUUUAAAAGCUGUUGAACUUUAUACCCAUAUUUGUAAAAGUGAUGUUAUUCCUAGCUUGCCGUUACUCAACCGUGUGUUGUUGAUGCUUGUGUCUUGUGGUUGUUUUCAACAUGCGCGUCAACUGUUUGAUAAAAUGCGCGUCAGAAAUUCUAAGUCUUGGGCUGCGAUAAUUGCAGGUUGUGUUGAAAAUAAUGAGUGUGAAGAAGCUUUGCGUUUGUUUUUGGCAAUGCAGAGUGAGACUGUGAACGUAUGUAAAUGUGGUGAUUUAAUUGAUGAUGGGAUUUUGGUCUGUGUCCUUAAGGCUUGUGUGGAAAUGAUGAAUUUAGAACUUGGGAAACAGAUUCACGGGUGGUUAAUUAAGGUGGGAAGUUGUGAAAGCUUGGCUUUGAGUAGUUUCUUGAUCAAGUUCUAUGGAGAGUUUGGUUAUCUAGAAAGCGCUGACAAUGUGUUCGAUCAUGUUCCACAUUGUAAUACAGUUGUUUGGACAGCUAGAAUUGGCAAUUUGUGUAGAGAGGAGCCGUUUGAAGGGGCCACAAGAAUUUUCAAGGAGAUGGUUCAUGCUAAUUCUAUCAAGGUAGGACUUGAUAUGGAUGGUUACGUGCAGUGUAGCUUGAUUGACAUAUAUGAAGAUGAUUUGCAUGAUCAAGGAAUUUUUCCGGAAUAUAAUGCAGCCGGUGAAGUGGCUAAUGUCUCUAAUUUCCCUGAUGAGUUGGUUGCAUUUCAAGGAUUAACAAGGAUGAUUUGCAAGAUCAAGGAAUUUGUCAUGGAAUGUAAUGCAGUCAACACCUAUGCAUUGGCAAUUAACUCCAGUUUCUUUUAUGAGUUAGUUGCAUUUCUAGGAUCAAUGAGGCUUAGCAAUGCAAGAAAUGCAACUCUGUUAUCAGUAUCCAAGCUCGGUAUUCAAAUUAGUUUUAUGAUUUUCGACACUGCAAAAUAUGCUGCUGUUAUGAUUUAUCAUGACAACGGAUCAAUGCACGAAGGUUGUUGCUGA